AGUGUGGAUGUUAUCGUCUGCGCGUUGUACGAGUGGCACCGCGCGAAAUCAAAUCGAAGUAUAAAAACGAACAACUUUUCCAGCGCGUUCUCGAAAAACAAAAAUAAAAUCGCGAUUGAUCUUGACAAGUAUCUGUAAUAUCUUCGCAAGGACGAGACAGAUGCAGAAGCUAUUGGCGCGAACAAAGUUUCUCCUUAGUGUCAGAUCAUAAAUAAAUAAAAAACGAUCAUUUCACGCGACCGCGUCUGAUCCCUACUGCGCCCUUCCUGUCCUCCAUCUUACGGUCGAGCGACGAUAAAAGAGCAAGGAGAAGAAAAGAGGUGCGCGUGGAGCGUACACCUCGUGCGUCGCGCUGAGGUGUCUCGCUCCGGGGGCAGAGAGUAAAACGCUAGGCACCCAAAGGGUAGGGCGAGCCCGUUAUAAGCUCGAGCAGCGGCUAUUCAGAGGCUUAGGCGGCCUAGUCGAGUCACCAGGAACCCCGCGAGUGGUCGCGCACGUGGGUGUCCCGCGCGUUGUCGUCGUCGAUCGGUUUAUUUAUUUAUUUUUUUUUUCCACUUCGGUGUUUCGAGUAUUCGCAUUCGAUCGAAUAUUUCGCAAAACGACCGUCCUGGCAACUUGGGAAGAGAAUGAUGAGCAAUAUUCGGGCACUGACGUUGUUCGCGAUGCUGAUGCUGGUGCCGCUUGUGGUUCAGACGAUCACAAUCGCGCCCGCGGUGACAGCUGAGCCAAGAUCGCUGGAUUUCGAUCGUCCGAUCGAUGACGCUCAUCCGAGUGAAGCUGACGACGUAGUUGUCGUCGAAGCCGCGAUCGAUCCGUUCGGAUCGCGAGACAGUCGAGGUAUUCUUUGGAACGGAGCCACGACUCGCGAGACCUGCUUAACUUCGAAAGGCGAAGUCGGUCGCUGCAUGACCUUCAAGGAGUGCUAUCCGUACUUCAAGAUUCCGGAUUUGGGCGCGCUCGACGGCUGGGUCCUCGGCGUUUACGACACGUGCAGCUACAUUCGCGAGGACGGAACCCCGAGUUUCGGAAUCUGCUGCUCGAAUUUGAAUCCGUUCGUCACACCGCAACCUCAUCCCGACUGCGACGAUCCGACCGUCGAAGAUCCGCCCGAGAUCGAAGAUAAUAAAAAAAAAGACGGCGAUAAAGGAACAUCACGUCCGACUUGGCCACCGCCGAUUCCUACACACCCACCCGAUCACACGAUACCGCCGCUCCCGACCCAUCCACCCUCGCCUGGUUCAUCGAUCCUCACGACCACCUCGAGACCGAUCACCACGAGCUCGAAGAAACCCGGUAUCGCUACCACGUGGCCGACAAAGAAACCGACUUGGGUGUCGUCGAGCACAACAACCUUCUCGUCUACUUUGACGACUAAAUCGCCGAUCGACAACGUCAGUCUCUCGCAGUGCGGUGCCAAGAACGGCAAUCAAGAUCAGGAACGGAUUGUAGGCGGGAAAAAUGCCGACCCAGGGGAAUGGCCGUGGAUCGCCGCGCUUUUUAAUGCGGGGCGUCAGUUCUGCGGCGGGUCGCUCAUUGACGACAUACACAUACUGACGGCGGCGCAUUGCGUCGUAAAUAUGAACUCUUGGGACGUGGCGAGAUUGACGGUACGGCUCGGUGAUCACAAUCUCAAAACGAACACGGAGAUCCGUCACGUCGAGAGACGCGUAAAAAGAGUCGUGAGACAUCGAGGCUUCAACGCGCGCACGUUGUACAACGACGUCGCGCUUCUUACAUUAAACGAGCCCGUGGAAUUCACCGAAUUAAUUCGACCCAUUUGCCUUCCUAGCGGAUCACAGUUGUAUUCCGGAAAAACGGGCACGGUGAUUGGUUGGGGCUCUUUGAGAGAAAGCGGACCUCAACCAGCAAUUUUGCAAGAAGUUUCGAUACCAAUUUGGUCGAACAACGAGUGCAAAUCGAAAUACGGUGCGGCAGCACCGGGUGGAAUAAUUGACAGUUUCUUGUGCGCUGGUCGAGCCACCAAGGAUUCAUGCUCGGGUGACAGUGGCGGACCUCUAAUGGUCAAUGACGGAAGGUGGACCCAAAUUGGAAUUGUAAGUUGGGGUAUCGGUUGCGGGAAAGGACAAUAUCCCGGCGUGUAUACGCGAGUGACACAUUUCUUGCCGUGGAUUUAUAAGAAUUUAAAGUAGAAGAGACUCGAGAUUUAUUUGCCUCCACGUCUUUUUUUUUUGUUGCACAGUCGCCAUUUUUUGUUUUUCUUUUUUUUUUUGACAAGAGGAAUUGCACUCGCUUUGACAAAUGUGAUAAAACUACUAAGCCCCGACAAUUAAAAAUUAGAGCUUCACAGCAGUAUCAAAAAUAUCUUGCUUUCGUAGUCAAAAGCAACAAUAUGUCUCACUUUGUUUUUUUUUUUUAAGAAAGGAAAAUGAUCAAAAUAGGCGAAUUUUAGAACUCGUGGAAAAUUCGCUUAUAGCAUUAAAAAAAAGUUUGCCCAUUUUGACCACUGUCCUUUAAUAUUGUCAUAUUUUUUUUUUUUAAUUAAUCGUAUCAUCUUAAGUUUCACAUCAUCGUGUUUCAUGUAUACGCUUUUGUUUAUCAUUAAUAUAAAGCCACCAUUACAUUCAUUUACCUGAUAAGAAAUGCGAACCUGGAGAUUACAAGUGUAAUAACAAGAAUAUUAUAUAUUGCUCUAUACAUACACGAGUGUAUAAAAAAUAAAGUUAUGUAUAAUACCA